GCGGCGGCUGCUGCCAACAGAAGGGAGCCGACAUCCGAAACCGGUGCUGCCCGCUGCCGUAACACGUUGUGGAAUAGGCAGACUGUUAGCGACCGCAAAUGGAUGCCUAUCGGGCCCUAACCUGCCAAGCUGGGAGAUAAGGAGAACCUUAGAUUGAGCCGUAAAUGUUUCAGCAUCAGAGAGCUCACUAUGAAGAAGACGGUCCGGCCAGCGGUGAGUAAGGUGAGCGGCGAUCGAGGAAAGUCCGAGGCCGCAACUACCGGCGGAAAGCCCCCAGCCAAAAGCACCACCGUUGCUCCUCUGUCUAAGGUGAAAAGCAGUGAUGACCUCUUAGCGGCUAUGGCUGGAGGGAAUCCUGCAUCAAGUAGUUCCGUCACUAAGACCAAGAGGACUACGUCUGUUGGCACAAGCGCUAGCAACUUAGACAGCAAGCCAAAGACAACUUCAGGUACUUCAUCCAAACGUGCAUCAUCAUCCACUUCCAAGGAGCCAAGUUCAUUACGAGACCGCCUUCGGUCAUCCAGGACAUCCGCAGCUAAAAAGCAGCUUGCAUCAGGGACUGUAGCUGGGGAUGUGGCCUCAGGAAAGCGCUCUCGCAGCCAGAUCCUGGCAGAGUCCGAGGGCCGUAUGAGCAAGUCUAAGUCAGAUGGCCAGAUUAAUGAUAAAGUGGCUCUGGAAGCCAAAGUCAAAGACCUGCUUGGUUUGGCCAAGAGCAAAGACGUGGAGAUCCUUCACCUUCGCAGCGAGCUGAGGGACAUGAGGGCCCAACUCGGCCUUGGUGGGAAGGAGGCGCCACAGGAGGAAGAAGCUGGAGAGGAAGAGAAGCCCCAGGUUUCAGCCAUCACGGCCGCUGAUGUGGAGUCCACUCUGAUUCUCUUACAAGAGCAGAAUCAAGCCAUCAGAGAGGAGCUCAACCUGCUGAAGAGCGAGAACCGCAUGCUGAAAGACCGGCUCAAUGCUCUGGGAUUCUCCCUGGAGCAGAGGCUAGAUGGCUCUGACAAGCUGUUCAACUACUCCUCCCUGAGUCCAGAACUGGCUGCAGGCAGCGGGCACAGCGAUGGUGGUGGCACAGGUACUAUGACCUCCUCAGUGGAAGGCUCUGCCCCUGGCUCAUUGGAGGAUCUUCUCACAGGACACCAGCAUGGUGGCUCGGCAGACAACCUGGAUAGUGAGUCCAGUGAGGUCUACCAAGCUGUCACCUCCAGUGACGAUGCUCUGGACGCCCCAUCUGGAGCUUCCUCGUCAUCUGAGUCAGAGUGUGCGCCUAGCAGGGAGCGUUCACGGAGGGGUAGCAGUGGCAAUGCCAGUGAGGUGUCAGUAGCCUGUCUGACGGAGCGCAUCCAACAGAUGGAGGAGAAUCAGCACAGCACAGCUGAGGAGCUUCAGGCGACACUGCAGGAACUGGCUGACCUGCAGCAGAUCACACAGGAGCUGAAUGGAGAGAACGAGCGGCUCGGAGAGGAGAAAGUCAUCCUCAUGGACUCCUUGUGCCAGCAGAGUGACAAGCUGGAGCUCUACGGCCGCCAGAUUGAAUACCUGCGCUCGCUCCUCGAAGAGCAUCAUAUAUCCUACGUGCUGGAGGAGGACAUCAAGAGUGGGCGCUACAUGGAGCUGGAGCAGCGUUACGCAGAUCUGGCAGAUAAUGCCCGCUUUGAGAGAGAGCAGCUACUUGGGGUGCAACAGCACCUAUCCAACACGUUAAAGAUGGCUGAGCAGGACAAUGCUGAAGCUCAGGAGAUGAUGGGAGUGCUGAAGGAGAGGAACCAACAGAUGGAGCGCCUCCUGGAUUCGGAGAGACAGGAUCGCGCUGCCAUGGCGGCCGCACUGGAAGAGUACAAAGCAGCCGUGAGCAACGACCAGGCGGAGCUGAACCGCUGCCGAGCCCAGCUGGAUCAAGAGAGGCAGAGAGUGGCCGAGCUGUACUCUCUGCACACUGCAGGGGACAAAAAUGACAUCUGUCAGCUGCUGGAAGGUGUUCGGCUGGGGAAAGAGGAGGCUGAGGCCAAAGCUGCAAAGAUGCAGGAGGAGAUGGAACAGGCCCACGGCGAACUCAGCCGGCUGCAGGAGACUUUCAGUAAGCUGGACAGUGAAUACAGAGACUUCCAGGAGCAGGCGCAGCAGCAAAUGGCUGAGCAGGAUCGUGCACUGGAGAAGCAGCGCAUGGAGCUGCAGGAGAAGGACACCGAGAUCGCUGACAUGAAGGAAACUAUCUUUGAACUGGAGGAUGAGGUGGAGCAGCACCGAGCUCUGAAACUCCACGACAAUCUCAUUAUCACAGAUUUGGAAAACUCUGUGAAGAAGCUGCAGGACCAGAAGCACGACAUGGAGAGAGAGAUUAAGAUUCUUCACCGCAGGCUGAGAGAGGAGUCAAUGGAGUGGCGUCAGUUCCAGGCUGAUCUGCAGACCGCUGUCGUCAUUGCUAAUGACAUCAAGUCGGAAGCACAGGAGGAGAUUGGUGACCUGCGGCGCCGACUUCAGGAAGCACAGGAGAAGAACGAGAAGCUGAGCAAGGAGCUGGACGAAGUCAAGAGUCGCAAGCAGGAUGAGGAGAGAGGCAGAGUGUAUAACUACAUGAAUGCAGUGGAGAGGGACCUAGCUGCUCUCAGACAGGGGAUGGGUCUCAGCAGGCGAUCCUCCACCUCCUCGGAGCCCUCACCCACCGUCAAAACACUCAUCAAGAGCUUCGAUAGUGCCUCACAAGGUCCAACGUCAAAUGGUGCCUCUGUAGCUCCAACACCUCCAACAGCUCCGGCUGCUCCGUUACCUCGAACCCCCCUCAGCCCCAGUCCCAUGAAGACGCCCCCAGCAGCUGCUGUUUCACCCAUGCAGAGACACUCCAUAACCGGGUCAAUGUCAUCAGCCAAGCCGCUCUCCUCUCUGAGUGAUAAGAGGCCCAGCUACACAGACAUCUCCAUGCCAGCUGAGCACCUUCUCAGGGGAACCUCAGCUAGCCGACCUCCAUCUGCCCUCCAGAGGGUCUCCAACAUUGACUCCUCCAAGGCGAUCUCAGUGACCCGCCGGAGCAGUGAGGAGAUUAAGAGGGACAUGUCAGCCUCGGAGGUGUCUUCGUCAUCCUCCCUGAUGGCGAUGAGUGCUGCCUCCUCCCCACUCUCUCUGUCCUCCUCCUCCCCAACCGCCUCCAUCACUCCCACAGCCCGCAGCCGCUUAAGAGAGGAGAGAAAGGACCCGCUGUCAGCAUUGGCCAGAGAGUAUGGAGGCUCUAAGAGGAAUGCUUUGCUGAAGUGGUGCCAGAAGAAGACUGAGGGCUAUCAGAACAUUGAUAUUACCAACUUCAGCAGCAGCUGGAACGAUGGCCUGGCCUUCUGCGCCGUGCUCCACACCUACCUGCCCGCACACAUCCCGUACCAGGAGCUCACCAGCCAGGAGAAGAGGAGAAACUUCACCUUAGCUUUCCAGGCCGCAGAGAGCGUGGGCAUCAAAUGCACUUUGGACAUUAAUGAGAUGGUGCACACAGAGAGGCCAGACUGGCAAAGUGUCAUGACUUACGUCACAGCCAUCUACAAGUACUUUGAGACCUGACUUCACCAUCUCCCUCGGCCUUCUCCUGCAGCACAAUCAGAGCCACACUGACCUUCAUGAGUUCUCAGCAACAAUCCAACCGCACGGUCAACUCUUCCUUACUCCCUCCCCAUGCAUCACAGCAACACUCAGUCAUGCUGCAAGUGUGUCCACACUAUUUAACAACACUAACUGCAGACAAGUGCCACAUCCUCACACUGCAGCUGAGGAGACCCUUGUGUGGAGUUGUAGUCCAGGGGCUUGCCUGUUUGUUUACCAUUAUACUAGAAAGCCAUGAGAAGGACAGGAUGUGAAUACCUGCGGUUCAUCUUUUCCUCCAAUUCAUGCUUGAAGGAGCAGCGUGAAAAAGAAGCCAAGUCUCAGUGCCUUCUAUCUGGCUUUGUCUUGCAUACGUUUCUCCGCUCUGCACCCAUUCUCCAGGUUGUAGUUUGUUCAAGGGGAAUUCCAUCAAAUCUGACUUUAAACACUCUGCUUUGCAGCAUAAGGUUUGUCAUAGGCUUUUCUUCUUGAUGGGGAAUAAUUACUGGAUGUUUCCCCCCGUAAAUGUUCAGUUUCUACAUUAUAAGAAACCAAAGGUUAGUCAUGUUGGAAUUUCCCCCUAAAACUUUGUAAAUUCCCUUUGGUCAGACUUGAGACAGAUGCAGGAUUUUACUCCAAGUCUUCCAGAUGUUGCAGUGCGAUAACAGAUGCCUCUCAUACAACGGAUAAAGUGCCUGUGUGAGUUUUGAUGCGGGAGACCAGAAAACAAGCUCUCUUUUUUUUUUUCUUCUCCAGUUUUAAAGCUGAGGAUUUGAGGAGUUGCCAAACUAGUUUCAGAUUCAUUCAUUCAUUGAUGCUGAUCACGACUGACUGUGUGCACAAGGACAGGUGUGCACUUUGUUCUACAACUCUGCUGCACUUUUCUGUUGUUAAGCCGCGCUAACACACUAUGAUAGGUUUUCUGUAAUAGAUCCAAGACUUUAGACUAAUAUUCAUUUGAAGAACUAUAUAAUGUGUUUGUAUUUUAUAGGCCUGGAGUUGCCAUCGUGCACUUCGUUCAUUGGGCACAUACAGCACACAGCAUCGUUUCAUCAUAAUCAAGCAAUGAGUAACUAGAAAACUAGAACCUUGGAUAAUGGACUCAGCUGUAGAUUUCAUGCACCGAGGCCAGGCUCUGGUUUUAGGAAGCAAGACUAGACACUUUCAUGAGCUUUUUUAAAAAUUUUUUUAGGCCAAAGCAGUGUUUCAGUUAAAGCAACAGGUGGAUGUUUUCAGUGAUGCGUUUUGCUGCUUUUUUGCCAGUAACCAGACAUGAAAACCUCAGUUUGGCUCUGAUCUGUAAAGUGUGAUCAAAAGUUCUGUGAACUGCCCGUGAAAAGCAAACACCUUACCUGUCCCCUUCAAGGUCACCUCCUUCUGCACCUUUAGACUGCUUUCAGCUGCUGUGGCUGCUAUUUUUAGAGCUUUCCCUGGAAAUUCUGUUCUGACUGCUUGCAUGUUUGUGUGUGCGAUGCAAACAGGACCUCCUCUACUGUGUCAAAUCAGUGAUCCUUUAAGUUAAAUUUCAUCUUGUAGAAGGAAAUGGUAGUGGUUAACACUUGUUCGAUGCCUUCCUCGAGUCAAGAGUUCAAAAUCAAGGUGCACAACCAUGUGUCAAAAAAAGCAACAAGCACCCGCACCUCCCUUUAUUGCCUUGGCCCCGGGGAGUGUCCCAGAUGUGAAAAUCUGGAUGUUUCGAUGCAGAUGUUUGCUUUCUGUGUACAAUCGAGGUCUAUGGUGAAUUUAUAUAUUUGCACCUGCAGGUGGCUAGAACUGGACUUCCAAAAGAUAAUCCAAGCAUAAAAUAAGCACAUGAAUGGUGCACAAUGUGUGACCUUUAAGGGGGGAAUCAGACAUAUUAAGAUCAAACUCGUAGCAAGAAACCAAACGCAUAUGUUACACAAGAUUUUAAACUCUUCCUUUAACGUCCGGAAAUGUUGCAAGGCCGUUUAUUUUAAUUAUACACAAGUUAUUAUGUAAUCCAUUUUGCAAUAUGCAAAAUGUUUUGGUGAUUUUGUGCUUUUGCAGUGUUAAUAAAGUUGAUAAUAUGACCAAGCAUUACUAAGGAAAUACUGUGGAGCACGAUGCCAUGUAAUAACUCUAACUUCAGUCUGCACCAUUACUGUCACGCUGUCUGACUGCUGUGUGCCUCAACAUACCAAGUUCACUGUAUUUAUUUGCAUAGUGCAUUAUAGUGAAGUCAUUGCUUACAUUGUCUUACAUGUAUAUCGAUUUAUAACACACACACUUUGAAUAGCUGCACUGAGAUAAGCUUUUUUUUAAUGUAUUCCACAAUAAUAUCCUGCCUUAAUAGUUCAGCAGAUAUUUCUCAGACUGAAAAUGUGACAUUUUUAAGCUGCAGCCGUAUUUCCCGACCAGUUUCACAGUGCGGAGAUGGUUUUGUGGGAAAACCCUCUCUUUCAUGUUUGUGCCUCUCGAGAAACGCUGAUCGUGAGCGAUGGCUGUGAAUCUUUUUGUUUUUGAAGCUGAUGUUGGACUUUCUCCUUCAUGUCUCCGGUUAAGGUGACUGUAGUGCGUAGAGCUACCAGCUGGUAUCAAUAGCUGCAUUAGAAACUACAUUUUUCUGUGUUGAUUUCGAAGCAAGCCGUUUGCCAAAAGCUCGUUGCUACUGUGUGUGAAACAGCGGUGGACAUCCAGUGAUCUGAAGUGAGCACACGAGCCCGUCACAUCGACUGUUUGUUUUUGUGUACGAGAUGGAGUGAGACUGAGUUAUUUAAUGACUUUUGAAGGCAGAGGCUCUUUGCUGAUGGCGAGACGCUGAGGAUUAGCAGUUUUUUGUUAGGUUUUUUUUCAAUUGUGCUCUGCCUGAUUCCACCGCUGGCCCAUGUGUUUUAUUACUCCCGACAGGAACGAGAGGCGCAAAGGAGAUUCGAAGCCUCGCGAUCCUGAAAGUGGAAUGUGUUUUGAUCACGCUUUAGUGAUCUUGGGACCGUUUCUUUUUUACAACGUCCAGUGUGUGCUGACGUGUGGUGAUUGAUGACCGCCGAGCCCAGCCUGCUGAGGAGAGACCAGACGGCCAGCAAAAGCUAGGGUGCGCAUUCCACCGCCACAUGAUGCAGCCGCGAUGGACUACAUUGUUUGGUCCUUUAGAAAAAGGCCCUUAAAGAGGAUGUGAAGAGAGCUUUAUGUCUUUAGUGGGUCCACUACAUCAUGCUACUUGUAUUUUUCUUUGUUUACUUGAAAAUGCUCUGAGAAUUUCACUGAACAUGCUUUAAUUUGUCUUUUUGUUUCCGUGUUGCCUUUUUUCCUAUUGUUUUAAUAAUAAUACCACAUUUUACAGUCUGAUGCAGAUUGUUGUUGAAGUGGAUUUACUUUCCUGAUCACACUACAUGCAGUGCUGAAACAGUCCCUCAGCUAAGUGAAAGCUGAUUGAAUAAAUGUGUGUAUGUAUGCGUGUGUGUAUAAAGGGACUAAGCUACAGUAUUAAGUGCACACUAUGAUGAUAAUCAGUUGUAAGAAAAAAAAAAGCUGUCUGGUUUUGCUUUAUGUUUUUUCCCUCGUAGUUAUAAAGGACCAUUUG